ACGAUUCAAAACACUGACACGAAUUAUCCCUGGUAUAUUCUGGGUGCUCCGUUUUUUUCUGGACGUUUCGGCUCAGCUGUCUGUGACGCAGGGCUAAGAGCCGAACCAGGAAUAAAGGCAUACGGGUACGGACAUUUAGGUGUGGGAAAGCCGUGACAAGUUAUGUGCCUCAGUCGGCCAACAAGACAUUGAGGGACGUAUAGCCCGGAAUUACACCGCGGUGUAGCCUACCUUAGAGGAGUUAUACACUCGUUCGUAUCAAUUCUCACGCAGAGCAUUCCAGCGACUUUCCAAAAUACUUUGCUCCCGUUUUAAGACUGCGAGGAGACUCUGCAUCUGCUUGCUGAAUAUACUUCCAAAAAAGGGGCAGCAAGGGUGAGGGGGGAAGACAUGGUGGAUUACUAUGACGUUCUGGGAGUGUCGCGAAACGCCUCCUCAGAAGACAUCAAAAAGGCGUACAGGAAGCUAGCCCUGCAGUGGCACCCAGACAAGAACCCGGACAACAAGGAGGAGGCAGAGAGGAAGUUCAAGGAGAUAGCUGAGGCCUAUGAAGUUCUGUCUGACACAAGCAAGCGAGAAGCGUAUGAUCACUUUGGCAAGGAUGGCGUGCCCAGUUCAGGCUCCAGUGGAUCCUCCAGCCCAGAUUUCCCAGGAUUCACCUUCACAUUCCGCAGCCCGGACGAGGUCUUCCGGGAGUUCUUCGGGGGCCAGGAUCCGUUUGCCAGCUUCUUCGUAGACGACUUCCCUUUUGGCGGGAUGCAUGGCGGGUUCCACGGGCACUCUGGCGCCUCGCGGCUCGGACCCAGCCGCUUCUUCUCCUUCCCGUCGGCCGGAGUGGACUUCACCACCUUCUCCUCCUCCUCCAUGGGGGGACUGGACAGGGGGAUGGGUGGAGGGAUGGGGAACUUCAAGUCCGUCUCCACAUCCACACGUAUCAUCAACGGGAAACGUACCACCACCAAAAAAAUCCGAGAGAAUGGUCAGGAGAGAACAGAGAUUGAAGAGGACGGGGUCUUGAAGACCAUCCUGAUUAAUGGUGUUGAGGAUGAAAUGGCCCUCGCAUUGGAGCUGAGUCGUCGGGAGCUACCGAGCCAGACGGCGACGCAGCAGCCUGUCCGACAGGAGAGCUACCUGCUGGAGCAGCCCGGCCUCAGCUCCCGCGGCCAGGCACAGCGGUCCUUCAGCUCCGCCCCUUUCUACAACUGCCCCGAUGGGAGCGAGGACGAGGAGGAGGAUGAAGACCUGCAGAUGGCCCUGGCCUGCAGCCUCUCAGAGCUGGAGGCCCAGCAGCGCGCAGCGGCUGCCGAUGUGAUCACAGACUCCGACUUCCAGGCUUUCACUGGCUGACUGGCCACUGCAGCCCCUCCAGGCAGAGGCUUCCAGUGCGCUCUCGUUCUCUCUCGGCCGCCCCUCUCCUACUGAGCCGCACUUUUCAAAGUUUUAUUUGGAAAAAAAAAAGACGAGAAGGAGAAAGCAGUGUGCAGAUGUUCGAGCGUACAAGCUGAGAGCAAGACCGGAUUCCUGCUUAUAUACUGAUCUGUAAUGUUGCUUUACCGAAAUAACUGGAAAUAACAUGGAAGACUGAACAAAUAUAGUUGUGUUUUAUAAAGAA